AUGGAGGACCUUAUCAACCAACAGGCUGAAACAGGUGCUGAAAUCCAGAACAUCAUAAGAAACUUCAAGAAGGAUGGUCAGGCAAGGAAAACCCAGGCGUACUAUGAAGAACGACUGAAGCGUUUAAACUCAGCGUGGGAGUCCUUCGAUGAAGUCGACAGUAAAAUUCAGAGUCUUGAUUCAAUUCCAGUCGGACACGACUACAUAAAAAAGGAAUAUUAUCAAGAGAUCCUGAAUAUUUACAAACAGUACAGCCGACAAUUUGAAACGGCCAUUCAACAAUUCAACCAAGAAGAAAUAGUCGAGCCUGUAACUGUUCCAUCAACAUCAAGAUUUAAUGUUGGACACACAGAUGAUCCAGCGUGCGGCCCUGAUCCACAGAUUCAAGGGCUCAUCAACAAACAACGCGCAAUAUCAUGUUCAUUAUUGCGGCUCAUCAAUGGCGUCAAGCGCAUAUACGAGCAACAGCCUCUGUCAUAUUACCAAGUAAAUAUUGACAGAAUUAACAAAUUAUGGCAAGAAAUUGAAGCCGUUAAUUUUAAAAUCUGGGAAAUACAUUCCAAUCCAAUAGGAGUUGGAUAUGAUAUCCAGAAAUAUAUUGAACUAGAAGAAGAAGUUCAAAAUGUGCUGGUGUCACUAACAUCAAAGGUGACAUCAAAUCAACAGCAACCGCCUCUCGUUGCGGAAAAGGUGCAAGUUAGGUUACCUAACAUAACAAUUCCGAAGUUUGACGGAACAUAUACCAAGUGGAUGGAGUUCGACAACUUGUUCACAGAAAUGAUCCACAACACUCAGUUGCCAGACGCACAGAAGAUGUGGUAUUUAAAAAAUCAUUUAACUGGAGAUGCAGCAGGAUUAGUAGCACAUCUAGCUCUAACCAAUCAAAACUAUGCAACAGCAUGGCAGAUAUUGAAGGAACGGUAUGACAAUAAAAGAAUUAUCGUUUCGUCCAUCAUCCAGAAACUCAUGAAUCAAGCAACUGUGAAGGGUUCAGCAGCGAAUGACAUUCGGGUCAUACAUGACUGUACACUGGAAGGGUUAUUGGCAUUAAACAAUUUGGGCAUUGACACCAGUUCCUGGGGUCCAAUGUUGUUAUAUGUAUUAACUCAAAAAUUGGAUAAACAAACUAGACUGCUAUAUGAACAGUCUCUGGUGCAUCCGCGCGAAUUACAAUCAAUUGAUGAUUUUCUGCUAUUUCUGGAAAAGCGAUUUCAAUCAUUGGAAAGUGUCUAUCCAAAUCAACCAGCAGUCAAAGUAGUGACAGCAACAGUAACUACAAACAAUACGCUAUCUUGCAAGAUGUGUCACCUCAAUGGCCAUCAAAUUCACCAGUGUGACAAGUUCGUGGCAUUAUCAGUUCCUGAUCGUGUCUCCGCAGCACAACGGUUGAAAUUGUGUUUCAAUUGUCUUCGCAGCGGACAUAGAACAAGUGAUUGCAAAAGCAGGCAUUGCGUCAAAUGCAAUAAAGCGCACAACACGUUACUUCAUCUGCAACACAAUAAAAAAGGGGCAACAAUUGGCUCACGUGAAAGCACCAAUACCAAAGCUGCUGUAUCAAAGAAAAUCACUUCCUCCACACAAAAAGAAGCUACCACUGUUUUAACUACAGCUCUGUCAACAAGGCCAUAUGUGUUGCUUGGGACCGCUAAGGUCAAUAUUACUACAAAUACUGGAGAAACAAUUGAAUGCAGGGCUAUUCUGGAUUCAGGCUCUCAAGUCAAUUUAAUAACCGAAAAGCUGGCCAAAAAACUACAACUAAGGCUAAAUCCAAACCCAAUAUGGAUCGAAGGAAUUGGCUCAAGUAAGAGAGGGGCAAACUAUCAAGUCACUGCCAACAUUUCAUCACGUACCACUAAUUUCAAUAUAAAAUUGAAAGCAUUUGUGGUACCGAAAAUCAUUUCGCCUCAACCUAACAAAUCAUUUGACAUAUCUCAGUGGCCGAUUCCCAAAAACAUCAAACUCGCCGAUUCCGAGUUUAAUGUAAACAGUGAUGUCGACUUAUUGAUAGGUGCCGAGUAUUUCCAUUCGCUGUUAUCAGUAGGUCAGAUUCGUAUGACAGACAACUUACCAAUAUUGCAAAAAACCGUCUUCGGUUGGGUAUGCAGCGGCAUCUUCAGUGGAUGUGAUCAGGGCACAAUGGCAUGUACAAUUGCCACUGAAAGUGAGCAAGGACUAGACAACCUACUCACAAAGUUUUGGCAAUUAGAUGAAGUUGCAAGUCAUGACCGGCAACUUACAAAUAUCGAAAAAAAAUGCGAAGCAGCAUUCAAUCAAAAUACUCAACAAAACAACGAAGGACGGUUCAUUGUAAAAAUUCCGUUUACAGACGAUGCAUCUGCACUUGGUGAAUCAAAACAAAUGGCUCUAAAUCGAUUCUUGAAACUGGAACAGCGACUGAACAAGCAGCCUAGCUUACGAGCAGAAUAUGUCAGUUUUAUGAGGGAAUAUGAGAAAUUAGGCCAUCUACAAGAAAUUCAAGAGGACCAAUUAUUGUGUCCUAAUUAUUUUCUGCCCCAUCAUUGUGUGCUCAAAUCUGAUAGUACUACAACGAAGCUAAGAGUAGUUUUUGAUGCGUCCGCAAAAACCUCUACGGGCAUUUCGCUCAACGAAAUCAUGCAUAAGGGGCCAGUAGUACAAAGUGAACUAGCAGCCAUAUUAAUGCGAUUCAGAAUGCCGCGAUUCGUAUUUACGACAGAUGUGGAAAAAAUGUAUCGACAGAUACAAAUUCACCCAGAUGACAGACGAUUUCAAAAUAUAUGGUGGCGCGAACAUCCUAACGAGAAAUUGCGGUUGUUGCAGCUUAGUACAGUAACUUAUGGUACUAGGGCCGCACCGUACCUAGCUACAAAAUGUCUACAGACGCUGGCCAUAAAAAACAAAUCUAAGUAUCCUCUCGGAGCAGCAGCACUCGAAACCGACUUCUAUGUUGACGAUGGUUUAUGCGGAGCCAACACAAUAACGGAAGCAGUUGAAAUUAAAAAUCAACUGAUCAACAUUCUCUCUACAGCCGGUUUCAAACUACGAAAGUGGUCAGCCAAUCACAAACAGUUGCUUCAUGGCAUAGCACCAGAAGACCAAGAAGUGGAUUUGAAUCUUUUAGAUGAAGAACAUACAUCAAUUAAAACUCUGGGAAUUAUAUGGCUGCCAAAGACUGAUCAAUUUCAAAUCAAGGUGAAUACGGCGACAGAGAACAAAAUUACUAAGCGAAUAAUCUGUUCAGAACUAGCUCGAAUUUUCGAUCCUCUGGGGCUCGUCAACCCCGUAACGGUACAAGCAAAAAUGUUCGUUCAACGGUUAUGGCAGCUUCAGCUCGACUGGGACGAAACACUACCAGAAGAAAUGCACAACAAAUGGGACAGGUUUCGAUCCAAUCUGAAAGAACUUCAACGUAUACAAAUUCCACGUCAUGUCAACAACCACAAGAAUCCGAAAACAACACAGUUGCAUAUUUUUUGUGAUGCUUCUCAAGGAGCAUAUGGUGUAGCAGUAUAUAUAAGAUCUUCAUUUCCAGAUGGAACAAUCGGUGUGCAGCUACUGGCAUCCAAAUCCAGAGUUGCACCCUUAAAAACUCAAUCCAUUCCACGUUUGGAGUUAUGCGCAGCGUUACUGGGUGCAACCUUUGCUACACGUGUUAAAACGGAUCUUCAUCUUGAGCAGAGCAAAAUGUUUCUAUGGAGUGACUCCGAAAUCACACUUCAUUGGAUAAAUUCCGAACCUUCAAAAUACCAAGUGUUUGUGGCGAAUCGCAUAGCCAAAAUACAGGAACUCACGUUGCCUGAACAGUGGCGACACGUUAGUUCAAAACUUAAUCCAGCAGAUAUGCUAUCUCGUGGUGUCGAUCCACAAGAUCUUGGCAAAAAUCACAUGUGGUUCCACGGACCGUUGUUUUUAUAUGGAACAGAAGCCAAGUGGCCAUCACCCAUUAAAAGAAAUCUACAAAUAGAUGACGACCUGGAGGAAAGGUCCAAGGUGACAUUAGUGGCUGCAUCAACCCCUGAUGAUCUGAUCAGUAUGAUUUAUAAAAUUAACCAUCGAAAUUCUUACAAAACAUUAGUAAGAACCAUGGCAUUUGUUCUCCGUUUUGUAAAAUGCAGUCGUCAUAAAAAACGACCGAAUAACACCAACCUGGAACCGAACGAUUUAGAUGAAGCGGUAGUUAUCAUCGUCAAAGCAGUGCAAUUAAGCGAGUUUUCCGAAGAAAUCAGCCAUUUAACGAAAGGCAAAUCAUUAAAACCAAAUAAUAAGCUUCAGGGAUUUGCACCAUUUUUAGACAAAAACAACAUCAUAAGAGUAGGGGGACGGGUCUCAGAAUCAAGUAUACCAUACAAUCAGAAACAUCCAAUGAUUUUGCCAUACAAUGACCCCGUGGCAAAACUUAUUAUGGAACACAUACAUCAAGAAAAUCUCCAUUGUGGGCCUCAAGCAUUGCUGGCACAGACCAGGCAAAAAUUCUGGCCAAUCAAAGGAAAGUGCAUGGCUAGAGCUGUUGUACAACAAUGUGUCGUAUGCAGACGAGCACAGCCUCAAAUGUUAAAACAAAUAAUGGGUAACUUACCAAAGGAUAGAGUUUCUCCAACCAGACCAUUUUUCAAUUCAGGAGUAGAUUUCUUGGGACCAGUGUGGAUCCAUUACAAAAUCCGCGGUAAAAAGCCAUGCAAGGCAUACAUUGCAGUAUUUUGCUGUUUUUCCACCAAAGCAGUUCAUCUGGAGAUCGUUAGUGAUUUGACCACCAAUGCAUUUAUAUAUGCUCUUCAAAGAUUCAUAUCAAGGCGAGGCAGGUGUAAAAAUAUCUAUUGCGACAAUGCCACGAACUUUGUUGGAGCCUGUAAACAAUUAGAUGAACUCAAAUCUUCAAUAUAUAGUCUAACCGCUCAAAAUCAAGUUACACGAUUCUGUACUGAUAAGGGAAUGACAUUUCAUUUCAUUCCACCACGUGCACCACACUUUGGUGGCAUAUGGGAAGCAGCUGUCAAAUCAGCAAAGCAUCAUCUUAAACGAUCCGUAAAUACAUUACACUUAACAUAUGAGGAAUUGGAAACCGUUGUAAUUCAAAUCGAAGCAAUACUCAAUUCCAGGCCAAUAACACCACAAUCUUCAGAUCCAAAUGAUCUAAUCGCACUCACGCCAGGUCAUUUUUUGAUCGGCGAACCGUUAACAGCAAUGCCAGAAACUUCCAGUGUAUCAUCACGUUCAUUACCAUCAUGUUGGAAGGCAAGCGCACAAAUUCAACAAAACUUUUGGUCAAGAUGGUCCAACGAAUAUUUAAAUGAGCUUCAGUACCGCAAUAAAUGGAAAACAGAAGCAGAAAAUGUUAAACAGGGCACUAUGGUUAUCAUAAAAGAAGAUAACACACCCCCUAUGGAAUGGCCAUUAGGGCGGAUAGUGCGUACCUACCCAGGCAUUGAUGGCAAGGUUCGAGUGGUAGAUGUCAAAACCAAGAACGGAAUUUGGAAACGGCCAAUACAUCGAUUGGCGCCAUUACUAGCAGAGGCACAUUCAUCCACCGAUGUACAAGCAGAUCAAGUUGAAGACGCACCACGAAAACGCGCAAAAUUCGACAACAAUCAAAAUCCGAAGUAG